UUGAUUUUUUACUUAACACUAAAAAAUGAAUUGAUGAUUGAAUGAUUACAAUCAUGUUUGGUGAAAUGUUCUCAGGACGGAGAAGAUAUAAAUAUAAUAAGUGGUAUUUUCAUAUUAAGGAGAAGAUAAUAAAUAGAAAUCUUAGAGUGAGGAUUAUGUUAUAUUUGAUUUUUUUAAAACUUCUAGCUAAAUAUAAAUUGAUGGUCCGAUGAUUACAAUCAUGUUUGGCAAGGUUAGAUAAAUGGUAUGCUCACAUGACAGACAAGAUUCGGAUGAUAGGUAGGCAUUUCAUGUACUGUAGAAGUGUUAUGCAUGUAAAAGCCAUUUACCACUUCGAAAUUUUCAUAGUGAUGCACGGCUUCCAGAAAAAUUUCUCAGUCGAGAGAAAUUUUGGUGCUUAAUAGCAUGGUGUCGGUAUAUUAGACUAGUAGGGGCUCUGGAAUUGUGUUAGGACUUUUAGUUUUAAACAUCUUGGAGUAUCAGAUAUCAACUGUCAGACUAUGUGAUUGUCCUACAGAAGCGAUUGCAUGAUGUGGCUUACAUUGUAGUUUCCUUUCACUCUCACUAUGUGUUUCAUGAUAUUCACCUCCUUUGCUUGUUUAAGUCAUAUGUUGUUGUAUGAAUAUGACGGUUCUCUUACUUCUGAAUCUGAUGCAUAUAAUUGUUCAAAAUUACAGGGAGGAGACUGGAUUUCGAUUUAUUUUUUUUCUGAAAGGAACUUAUGGCUACACUUGGUGACAUAGGUCUCGCUGCAACUAUAAAUAUUCUAACUGCAUUUGUUUUCCUGCUAGCAUUUGCUGUACUACGUUUGCAGCCAUACAAUGAUAGGGUUUACUUCCCUAAAUGGUACAUUAAAGGAGUAAGGAGCAGUCCUACGAAUUCUGGCUCAUUUGUACAGAAGUUUGUCAAUUUAGACUUCAGAUCAUACAUAACGUUCCUUCAAUGGAUUCCUGCUGCUCUCAAAAUGCCUGAACCUGAGUUGAUUGAACAUGCUGGAUUGGAUUCUGCUGUUUAUUUGAGGAUAUAUCUAUUAGGGCUUAAAAUAUUUGCUCCUAUCUGCAUAUUGGCGUUUGCGAUUUUGGUGCCUGUUAACUGGACAAAUAAUACUCUCGAGAUAGAGGCUUCAAAGGAAUCGGAUUUGGAGUUCAGCACUAUAGACAAGAUAUCUAUAUCAAAUAUCCCCACAGGAUCAAAUAAAUUUUGGGCCCACUUGGUGAUGGCAUAUACCUUUACCUUUUGGACUUGCUAUGUGUUGUUCAAAGAAUAUGCAAUAAUUGCAAAAUUGAGGUUGCAUUUUCUUGCAUCACAAAAACGCCGUCCAGAUCAGUUCACAGUCCUUGUAAGGAAUGUCCCAGCUGAUCCAGAUGAGUCAACCUAUGAGCUUGUAGAGCACUUUUUCCUUGUCAAUCAUCCUGAACACUUUCUAACACAUCAGGUUGUCUAUGAUGCCAACAAACUUUCAAAGUUGGUUGGAAAGAAGAAAGCCAUGAAGAACUGGUUGGACUAUUAUAAGCUGAAGUAUGAAAGGAAUUCAUCUAAAAGACCCAAUUGCAAGACUGGUUUCUUUGGGCUUUACGGUAAGAAGGUUGAUGCAAUUGAAUACUACACUUCGGAGAUUGACAAGUUAUCAAAAGAGGAGGUUAAAGAACGUGAUAGGCUUAAGAAGGACCCAAAGUCUGUCAUGCCAACAGCAUUUGUUUCAUUUAAAUCUCGUUGGGGUGCAGCCGUUUGUGCGCAGACUCAACAGAGCAGAAAUCCAACUAUAUGGUUGACUGAGUGGUCUCCAGAACCACGUGAUGUCUACUGGAGCAAUCUAGCCAUUCCUUUCGUCAACCUGAAUAUUAGGCGAUUGAUAAUAGGAGUUAUAUUCUUCUUUCUUACUUUCUUCUUCAUUAUCCCUAUAGCUAUCGUACAGUCUAUGGCAAACAUCGAAGGAAUCGAGGAAGCUGUUCCAUUUUUGAAGCCUUUAAUUGAAGUGCCCUUUAUUAAGUCAUUCAUCCAAGGUUUUCUUCCUGGAAUUGUUCUAAAGAUUUUUCUUAUCUUUCUGCCAAUGAUAUUGAUGAUCAUGGUCAAGUUUGAAGGAUUUAUAUCUAUAUCAUCUCUUGAGAGAAGAGCAGCAACAAAAUAUUAUAUAUUUUUGUUUGUGAAUGUAUUCCUUGGAAGCAUAAUUGCAGGGACUGCAUUCCAGCAAAUCGAAACUUUCAUUCAUCAGUCAGUCAGUGAGUUUCCGAAGACCAUUGGCAUAGCAAUUCCACAGAAAGCUACAUUUUUUAUAACAUAUGUCAUGGUUGAUGGCUGGGCUGGAGUUGCAGGGGAGAUUUUAAGAUUGAAACCUUUGAUAGUAUAUCACUUGAAGAAUAUUUUCUUGGUAAAGACUGAAAAAGAUAGAGAAGAGGCCAUGGACCCUGGGAGCAUUGAAUUUAAUGCAAAUGAACCCAAGAUACAACUAUAUUUCUUACUUGGUCUCGUAUAUGCUGUGGUCGCACCCUUUUUACUUCCAUACAUAAUGGUUUUUUUUGGCCUAGCAUAUCUUGUUUUCCGCCAUCAAAUCAUAAAUGUCUACAAUCAACGAUAUGAGAGCGCAGCAGCAUUCUGGCCAAAUGUUCAUGGCCGUGUAAUUGUUGCAAUGGUCGCAUCACAAAUAGUUCUUCUUGGAUUGUUAAGUACAAAAAAAGCUGCUAAUUCAACACCUUUCCUUAUUGCUCUUCCUGUAUUGACGAUAUGGUUUCAUAGCUUUUGCAAGAACCGCUAUGAAUCUGCUUUCAGAAAAUUCCCAUUACAGGAAGCUGGACAGCAAGCUGGAGGACUUGGGAAUAGCAGAACUGCCGUUUCUGUUGCUGUAGUUCUCCUGGACAGCAGCUUUUUAUGUUAUGAGUCCCAUGGCAGCACUUAG